AUGUUAAUGACUCGGAGGCCCCCGGAAGUAGGAGCGAGACGCCACACACCGAGGCAGAGAGCAUCUGCAGCAACCUUGCACACCAACAAAUGUAAAAGGUCCCCGAAGAUGUUGACACACUCCCGGUCAACCCAGCUAUUAGGCUUCACGUUCUGUAGUGAAAGUUUGCCGCAGGGACCUAGAGAGGAGCCACAGGGACCUAGACAGGAGCCACAGGGACCUAGAGAGGAGACCCUAGAGGAAAUGAAUCAGACCUCGUCUUGCAUGAAGAUGGUCAUUGGUUUUUGGGAACCAUAUCUCUUGAUCUUGGACACCAAUCCUCCUUAUAAGGUAGAGGGCGUUGCUAAAGACAUCAUCGGCAUUAUCAUGGAAAAACUGAAUUUGUGCUACGAGUUAGUGAAACCAGACGAAGAAGACUUCGGAUUUCAGUUGCCUAACGGAACAUGGAACGGAGCGUUAGGCUUCCUUAACAGGAGCGAAGCGGACAUGUCGAUGGCGGUGUUCAUGAUGUCAGCAAGCCGAGGCAAGGCGGUUGACUUCAGCGAACCAGUCUACAUGGAGGAGCAGACUCUCGGUUUCCCUAGACCGAAGUUCGGGUCGGACAUUGCGGGGAUUAUCAAACCAUUUGCGCUCGAUCUUCCAAAGACUAUUGAGCCAUUUAGCCUUGAAAUUCAAGCUUCCAAAGACUAUUCUGUAACUGUAGUCGAAACUUAUAGGACCUUCUUCGUCUUUCAGAUGUGGGUGGCCAUCAUGCUGAGUUUACCCGUCAUCACUUCGCUGAUGUUUCUCCUCAAUAAGGCGAAUAAUUAUGCCCUGUCAUUCGCCAGGGACGCUGGCGUCACGACGGAUGAUAAAGGAAUCGCCAAACCGUCUAUUUGGUCGCUGUGCGCCUUGCUGAUGCAAUCCGUCCCUUGGGAGCCAAAGGACACGUCCGCACGUACGGUGUCCGGAAUGUGGCUCCUGACGGCCUUCAUCAUUGCCACCGUCUACCGCUCUAACCUGGUGGCUAUGCUGGUGGCUCCCCUCCUGAAGCUGCCCUUCAACAGCUUCGAGGAACUGGCCGCUACCCAUUACAAGCUUUACAUAGCUCCUGGAAGCCGUAUGUACGACGCUUGGAAGAAAGCUGAGCCUGGAUCGGUCUUGUGGAGUGCCAGGAAUAACUUCUUCAGUGACGUGCCGUAUAUGGUGGCUUCUCGACGAUAUCUGAAUGAGGAAAUAGGCGUCUGUUCGACUAGAAUAACCCUUGAAUACGGACAACAUCUGGCUUUUUCCGCUAAAGGCUACUGUGGAUUAUACCUGAUACCUAGAGACAGGAAUAUCUUCAAAGGAACUCCAGUAUCCUUUGCUUUCCCGAAGAAAUCUGAACUCAAGGCUAAAGUGGAUCCCAUCAUUCGAAACCUCAAGGAGUCUGGGAUCACUGAAUAUCUGUUGAGGAAUAAGAUGCCCAACGCCACCGAGUGUCUGAAGCCUCUUGGAUCUAUCAAAGCCAACAGCAAGAGACCUCUAGAAGUGAAGGAUUUUUAUGGUGCCCUAUGCGUACUUUUUGCAGGUACAGCAUUGAGCACCAUCGUCUUCAUCUGUGAGAUAAAGAAGAAGAAGCAGAGGCAACAACCAAAAGAAGAAAACUUCUUAGUCGUCUCUGUUACGAAAGAGGAUGACUAG